AUGUCGCUGUGGCCCCAGCGGGCGCUGCUGGCCUUGCUCCUCCCCACCGUGCUGGCACAGGGAGAAGCCAGGGGGAGGGAGACAGCCCAGGCUCACAGCUCCACCAGGCCGGCUCUGCAGAGGCUGUCAGACCACCUCCUGGCUGACUACCGGAAGGGUGUCCGGCCCGUGCGAGACUGGAGAAAACCCACCACCAUCGCCAUCGACGUCAUCGUCUACGCCAUCCUCAAUGUGGAUGAGAAGAAUCAGGUACUGACCACCUACAUCUGGUACCGGCAGUUCUGGACGGAUGAAUUUCUCCAGUGGAACCCUGAGGACUUUGACAACAUCACCAAGUUGUCUAUCCCCACGGAGAGCAUCUGGGUCCCCGACAUUCUCAUCAACGAGUUUGUGGACGUGGGCAAGUCUCCAAGCAUCCCGUAUGUGUAUGUUCAGCAUCAAGGUGAAGUCCAGAACUACAAGCCCCUGCAGGUGGUGACUGCGUGUAGCCUUGACAUCUAUAACUUUCCUUUUGAUGUGCAAAACUGCUCCCUGACCUUCACCAGCUGGCUGCACACCAUCCAGGACAUCAACAUCUCCCUGUGGCGCUUGCCCGAAAAAGUGAAGUCUGACAAGAGCGUCUUCAUGAAUCAGGGCGAGUGGGAGUUGCUCGGGGUGCUGACCCAGUUUCUGGAGUUCAGCGACCGGGAUAGCAGCGGGUCCUUCGCAGAGAUGAAGUUCUACGUGGUCAUCCGCCGGCGGCCCCUCUUCUAUGCCGUCAGCCUGCUGCUGCCCAGUAUCUUCCUCAUGAUUAUGGACAUCGUGGGCUUCUACCUGCCCCCGGACAGCGGCGAGAGGGUCUCCUUCAAGAUCACACUCCUCCUGGGGUAUUCGGUCUUCCUGAUCAUCGUGUCUGACACGCUGCCAGCCACGGCCAUCGGCACACCGCUCAUCAGUGUCUACUUCGUGGUGUGCAUGGCUCUUCUGGUGAUAAGUUUGGCGGAGACCAUUCUCAUCGUGCGGCUGGUACACAAGCAAGACCUCCAGCGGCCUGUCCCCCCCUGGCUGCGGCACCUGGUUCUGGAGAGAAUCGCCCGCCUGCUCUGCCUCCAGGAGCCGUUGACCUCCCCGAGGCCGCCAGCCACCUGGCAAGCCCCCAAGACUGAUGACUUCUCAGGCUCUGCCCUUUUUGCAGUCAUGGGAAACCACUGUAGCUCUUUCAGAGGACCCCAGGACUUAGAGAAGACCCCAAGAGACAGAGGCAGUCCUCCCCCUCCCCCACGAGAGGGCUCCCUGGCGGUACGUGGGCUGCUGCAGGAGCUGUCCUCCAUCCGGCACUUCCUGGAGAAGCGGGAAGAGAUCCGUGAGGUGGCCCGGGAUUGGCUGCGUGUGGGCUCCGUGCUGGACAAGCUGCUCUUCCGCAUCUACCUGCUGGCAGUGCUGGCCUACAGCAUCACCUUGGUCACGCUCUGGUCUGUCUGGCACUAUUCUUGAGUUAGCACGGCCCAGCAGCGCAAGGAACUUGCUGCUGGUUAGAGUGGGAAUGCAGAAGGGCUGCUUCCAGGCCCAAGGGUGCUGGAGAGAUUCCCAAUACACGGAGGCAGCCUCACCCCAUCUUCAGUGCCAGCUCACCCUAGCAAUGCCAGGCCAGGCUUGGACCUCCCCCAAAGCACAGUGUUCAGUACCCUUAUAUCCUCUGCCCCCACCCCCAAACUGCCCAUUAUGGCUUUAAAACAUGGUGUCUUAGAUCAUCCCCCUACCUCG